UCCCCGGGGGGAAAACAAACAAAACAAACCCCUCCCUUAUGCCAACCCAUAUCCCGGGCAAAACUAGCCUGUCCUCUCUGGGUGGAGAAAAGGGUUGUUCUCUUAGGACUCUCGCAGGUCCUGACCAAAGCCGGAUGGAGAAUGAAGAGAAAGCUCCCCAAGAUCUGGUUGAUGAAAGCAGGGUUGGAAACGAUCCAGGGCUAUUUUUCCUGUUAAGCCCCACCCACCCACCAGCUCCACCAAGCUCUUGGCACCACACACACACCCUGAGUUAGUAUUUGUGGAUGGGCGGGUAGGAGGAAACUUAGUGAAUGCCUCAUCCGAAGUUGAGCAAAUCAAGGGCUGUUCCCGAGCAGGCUUCCUGUAGCAAGGGCCUUGGAGCAGAGUGGACAGCAGCAGGAGCUUUGGACAGGGUGUUUGACCUAGAAGAAGCCCUCCCGAGCAGUCUCCCGCAGCCCUGUCCCCCUCUCCAGCAGGGGUGGGUGUCUUGGAACUGGCCUAGGCGCCCAGCACCAUGGCCACACUGAGUUUCAAGCCCAGCCAACGUUUCCGGCUGCCGGACUGGCACACCAAUGCACAACUGUUGUCCACCAACGCUGAGCUGAAGCGAGAUGCGUCACACCAGAUCCGCCAGGAGGCCCGGGUCCUCCGUAAUGAGACCAACAAUCAGACCAUUUGGGAUGAACACGACAAUAGGACCCGACUGGCAGAGAGGGUGGACACAGUCAACCGAUGGAAGGAGAUGCUGGACAAGUGUCUGACGGAUUUAGAUGCAGAGAUCGACGCACUGACACAGAUGAAAGAAUCAGCAGAGCAAAACCUGCAGGCCAAGAACCUGCCUCUGGACGUGGCGAUCGAGUGCCUGACCCUGCGGGACAGUCGGCGUGACAUUGACGUGGUGAAGGACCCUGUGGAGGAAGAGCUGCACAAGGAGGUGGAGGUCAUCGAUGCCACCAAGAAGGCCUUGCAACAGAAGAUCAGCCAGACUUUUGAGAAGCUCUGCCUCCUGCAGGAAGUCCGACAGCAGCUCAACUCCGACCACCGGGGCAAAAUGGAGACCCUGGACAUCGACAGAGGUUGCCUCUCUCUCAACCUCAAGUCCCCAAACAUCUCUCUGAAGAUCAAUCCCACCCGUGUCCCCAAUGGCUCCUCCACGCUCCAACAGUGGGAUGAGUUCAGUCAGUUCAACAAGAACCGGGCGGAGGCUGAGAUGAAGGAAGCCAGAGAGCUGAGGGAGGCCAUCUUCCUCACCAUUGCUGAGGUAGCUGACCACUCCCCUGACCCUGCUCCUCCAGGGCUAACAGGUGGCCAGAGUGUGCACUCAUGCCUUUCGCUUUUGUUCCCUGUUGCCACGUGGCCUCCCAACCCUGCACUUGAGCGGCAUCCUCAGGUGGUCAUGAGCUUCCACUCUUUCUUGCCUGGCCCACUUCCUGUCCUUCAGACCAACAAUGAACUUGAAGCCCAGAGGGUUGCGACAGAAUUCGCAUUCAGGAAGCGGCUGCGGGAGAUGGAGAAAGCCUACAGUGAGCUCAAGUGGCAGGAGAAGAAUACCUUGGAGGAAAUUGCUGAGCUACAGGAGGACAUCCGGAACCUGGAGGAGGAUCUGCGCAGGAAGUUACUGGACCUGAAGCUAUGCCAUACCCGGCUGGAGUCCAGAACCUACCGGCCCAAUGUGGAACUCUGCCGGGACCAGGCACAGUACGGGCUCACGGAUGAGGUCCACCAGUUAGAGGCAACCAUAGCUGCCCUAAAGCAGAAGCUGGCACAAGCACAGGAUGCUCUGGAUGCCCUGUACAAGCACCUGGCCCGGCUGCAGGCUGACAUCGCCUGCAAGGCCAACUCCAUGCUGUUGGACACCAAGUGCAUGGACAUUCGUCGGAAGCUGACUGUGCCUGCUGAGAAGUUUACGCCCGAGGUGGACACCUUCACCCGCACCACAAACCGUACCAUGAGUCCACUCAAGAGGUGCCAGCUGGAGCUGGCCUAGCCUUGGGGGCUGAGGGGGGAGAGGAAGGUUAGGUGGGAGGGAAUGGAAGAGAAAGGGGUUUGGAGAAAAUGAAUCUAAUAAAU